AUGUCGCUUUUAUUGGAUCAGAGAUUGGUGGGCGAGGUUGCAGAGUACUGUCCUGCCCAGUUUAUGAACUACUAUACAUGUCUCAGCAAGGGCGAUGUUACGCAGUGCUUUGAUGAGCAGAGGGCGCUGGCGGCAUGCGCCAAAACCACGGCCCCUUCGUUUGUCAAAAUCAUCACCAACUGCAAGACGCAAAUGGACACCUACGAAAGCUGUAUUAGGGCGAACCCGGAAUUCAAGACACAGUGCUUCGACAAGCUAACUGAAAUGCGGGAGUGCAUGACCAAAGUGUUGGGUUAG